CUAACACGUAAAACUAUGACUGAAGAAAUCACGAAGAAGACUGUUCGUGUGUACCUAAAGGGACUCAGACGCGACAUAGGGCGAAUACUAUUAAGCAGUGAACCCCUGAAUCUUCCGGAAGCUGAAAAAAAGGCAGCCGAUGUAGAACGCUACUUGCGAGAAGAACGACAACCUAAUUGGUCAUGUAAUCGCUUACCUUCGGUUAGUAAUCGCCCCGACAACCAGCAUAUGCAGGUAAGACGAUCUAAUGUACCAUCAAGAUCGCCUAACACGCCAGUAGCUCAGAAACCUGCUACAUUUAACCAAGUAGAAAAUAGAUCACCUGCUGAACGCGCGCAGAUGAAGUGCUUCAAGUGCGGAAAGCUGGGACACAUUGCCAACAAGUGUCAAAAUUUUCUACCACCGAGCCAGCGCGAUCGACCACCCGCAAGGAUUCAGGCAGUCCAGGAAUGGGACGAAAUACAGGAAACAACAUCGAACCAGGAGAUGGACAAACCGUACGAGACAUACGAGUCAACAUCGCCACGGGAAGAUUACUCGCAAUACCUUUGUCAACCCGAACCGAAGAGCGAGUAUUUCUGGUCGACACAGGAGCAGGGAUAAACCUGAACUGAUGGCGAACUCAUCAACCAUUCUCUGAACGACGGAGGGAAGAACAUGUAGGUGUUGUCCGGACGUUUCACGAGGAAUCCAGAGAGCAUUUUGAAUCUCUGCAGAAAAUCCUUCCAUGCAUGUUCGUUUACAAUAA